GGCGUUUGGAGUUCAGUGUCAGUUUUGUCAUUUUUUAUUGGAAAAGUGCCUCCACAAAUUGUGCAUUUAAUUUUUAUCGACAAUAGACGCAAUUUGCAGUGUUCUGUGUGUGAAAAUGCAGUGAAGAACAAUCAAUUGUGUAAGUUAAUUGUGUUAUCUGAGCAUUUCAUGUGUGUCGGGGUGCUAAAAUACAAGAGGAAAUAAUUAAUUUAUCGGAUUGAGCAUGCCGGGUGGGAGUUUGACAGAGUAGUUUUCGUCUGGGCUGCACGACUAUUUUUUUUGUUUUUUUUCUGGAAAGAGAAUCUCCUCGAAAAAUCUUUUGUGGUUACCUACGUACGGAGAAAAAUUAGAGAGAGAGAGAAAGGUGAACUGGCUCAGGUGGAAGGUGAGGCAGUGAGAGUUUGGGUCAAAUGAGAUAUGAUAGUGAUACAUCUUUGGUGCGUAUUGUACAAGUGAGGAGAGAGAAAAUACAUCAUAGAUGAAAAUUCUAGUUGAACAUCUGUCGUUGAGUAAUUAGCAUCGCGCAAAGGCACAAUAAAUAACAACAAUAAAAACGGCGUGAAAAAUUUAGCACAAAAUUUUUCGUAUUUCGGAUUGAUUCAUCAACAAUGUUGCUCAGUGAUUUUGGCAAAUUCGUAAAAUAUCCAAGAGCUGUACUACGCUUUGUUUUCAUCAUUGCAAACAAUAUUUACUGUAUACCAACGUAUGUAGUGUGGAUGGUGCUACUUUUGCCAUUGAGACGUUGUCAUCCGAAGCUUUACUAUCGGAUCGAGGGCAUUCUUUUUCACUGGCUUUUGGCUAUUGUCUCAAUGUGGUCAUAUACAGCUGGUUAUGAUAUAAUUGAAAUGGGAGACAGUAUUGAACUGUGCAAAAAUAAGAAGACACUCGUAUUGGCAAAUCAUCAGAGUACAGCCGAUGUGCCUCUCAUGAUGGCAGCUUUCAAUGCAAAAGCACAAGUUUUGCCAAAUAUCAUGUGGAUUAUGGAUCGCCUCUUCAAGUAUACGAAUUUUGGUAUUGUUAGUUUAAUACAUCAGGAUUUCUUCAUUGCGUCCGGAAAGGCAAAUCGAGAUAAAUCUGUAGAUUUGCUGAAGAAGCAUUUGGUUGAAUCAUACAUUCCGCGGGAUCGAAGGUGGAUGGUCCUAUUCCCUGAAGGGGGUUUUCUCAGGAAGCGUAGAGAAGUUAGUCAGCGUUUUGCACAGCAGAAUAAUUUGCCCAUUCUGAAACAUGUUACACUGCCUCGCGUAGGAGCCCUUAGAGCCAUAAUGGAUGUAUUUGAUAGUCAUGAGAAUAAGUGUGGCAACAAUAACAGUGGAACGAAAACAUAUGUUAAUGGUGAUAUUACACGUAGCAGCGAAAAAAAUAAUCAAGAUACCUUACGCAACAACACACCUUCAACUAGCAAUUGCAACAAAUAUUUGGAGUAUGUGUUGGAUAUAACGAUAGCAUAUCCAAAUGGUAAACCACUUGAUCUCCCAAAUAUCAUCCAUGGAAUGCGAGAUGGAUGUCAAACAUAUUUCUUCUAUAGAUUAUAUCACUAUUCAGAGAUUCCAAAAGAGAAUGAAUCUCUAACAAAGUGGUUGUAUGAUCGUUUUGUUGAGAAAGAAGCACUGCUCGAAAAUUUUUACAAGACAAAAAGCUUUACUGGAGUUGCCUCAAUGUUUGGUCCAGCUGUUGUGCACCAAGAUAUGAUUAGAUUUGUAAUAAUUAACUUAUUUUUCAUAACAUCAACAUAUUUUCAUUUGCAAAUGUUUUACACAUUUAUCGAUUACUAUCGAUUUUAUGCUCAAAAUUCUAUUUAAAAAAAAUAAGAAAAUUAUGAAGAAAUUAGCUAUUUGAGAGCAUUACACUUAGAUUUAUAAUGCAAUUAUCAUUGUCAAAUGGACAAAAAAAGUACAUAUGAUUUUUUUUCAAUGGAUCUCUUAGAAAACAUUGAAAAAAAGGACAAAAGAAACUACUAAUUUCUAAAGUUGCAAAGUUGCUACGUAAAAAAAAACAAUGAGAAAUGAGAGAUUGAAAUUGAAGAUUGUGAUAAAACAAAUGAUAGAACAGUUAAUUACCGAAUAAUCUAAUUAAAUUUAGUCAUAGUCAUGUUAAAUUGUAGUCAGAAGAUAAAGAUGAAAGCAUAAAAAAAAUGAGAAAAAAAGUUUAAUGCAAAAUGGCCAGAAUUACAUUUUUUCUAGAAAUAAUGCUAUGCGCACUUUUAAAAGUGAUUUUGAAUAAAAGAAAAAAAAACAAAAUCAAUAUUGCAGGUCAAAACUAAUACAAUAUUUCAAUGCAAUUUUUCUCGUAAAGAAAAAUACAAAAAAUUGACAAAUUUUCUUCUUCAUAUUUAAAAAGAAAAGUGAAAAGCAAAAAUGAAAAAAAAAUCUUAUAUACAUAAAAUUCUAACAUUCAAAUGCAAUUUUUAUUGUAGAAAGUUUUUACCAAAAUAAGUGUAAAAAAAAGAUGAUAAAAAAUGAGUGAUUGUAAAAUGAGAAAUAAUUCGUAUAAUCGACAUUAUACUAUUCUCUCUGAAUUUUUCGACAGCUAAAACUUAGAUAGAGAAGAUUGUCCCAGUUUCACAAACAAUUUUUACAAAGAUACAAAAUAAUAAAGUGUACAUAAUUUAAUACAUAAAAAAACUGACAUUACUCGAAGAAACCAACAGUAGCGUCAUAGCAAGUCAACGAAAAAAGAGUAAAUACUUGUAAAAAAAAAAUUGCUAAAUUAUUAUUGUAAAUAAUUCUUAAGCAAUGAAAGCAAAAGAGGUGUUUUUUUGCACCAAUUUGUGAGUGAUUUGAUUUUUAUUGUGUUUUGGAAAAACUGCAAAAAAAAAAUUUUAUAAUCAUA